AUGGCAGCGAUCGCAGCAGCCGUGUUCCUGUGCGCCUCCUUGCUCUUCGUUUCUGUGCUCAUCGGGAUGCGAUUGACCACCUCCGGACCGGAAAUGCUGUGCUCGAGCUCAGCGUGUCGCGAUUACUUGGACCUAGUCAAGCCAUCCAUCAACACGUCCAUCGACCCGUGCCGCAGCUUCACGCACUUCGUGUGCGACGGCUGGGAGCGCGACCACGUGUUCAGCGUGCGACAGCGGCAGUUCUCCGAAGUCGUGGAACGAGUCCGGGAAUCCACGUUCACCCUGGAGAUCCCGGUAAAGGGACAGAACGAGACACAGAUGGCGGCCGCCUUGUUCCGCAGCUGCGACGACGUCGUCCACGGAAGGAGUGACCACCUGACCCUGGUCAGGGAGUUCCUGCGUAGCGCUGGCAUCACGUGGCCCCAAGUGCCAGAGAACCCCGGCGACCUCCUGUAUACCCUCUUGUGCACCUCGCUGAGGCUCGGCUGGGACGCGGUCGUCACAUUUACAAUCUCGAAAACUCCCCUCGCAGACGUCCUUGUAGUAAAGCCUGGCAGCUCGUUUCCGUUCAUCUACGACAAGACGGCCGGCUUCGAGACGGAUGAAGGGAAGCGCGUGUACUUCAACGAGCUCAAGCGGGCGUUUAGAGGCGACCGGCGCAAUGUCACUGCCAAGAUGGUCAGCUAUGAAGACACCAUCGGCGUCGAAAGCAUUGCGCUCGUCAAGCUAGCGGAAGCUUAUUCGGUAAGCGAACGGAACGGUUCUUUGACGCGGGCGCAGGCAUUUCUCGACGCACCCGAUGCCGGCCUGUCGGAAGCUCGAUGGAUAGCAGCGCUAUCCUAUUUCCGGAUCAAUUUUACGGGGGAGCUGAACUUGGUAACCAGGUCCCCCGGUUACGUUAAGACGCUCGUGAUUCUGUGGGAAGCACUUGGCGAGGCUCAGAUGCACUCGUUCGUGUCAUGGUGCACGGUACAGGUGGCCGCCUUAUACUCUAACCGGCAACUUAUACUCAACUACUACGACAAGGACAGUCACAAGGCGGAGGUCUACAGCGACGCCUUCUGCGUUAGUCGUGCCAUGUUAAUGUCGAACGCAGCGCUAUUCGCGGCCUACACAUUCCAAGUCCUGCGCAGUGACACCAUGGUCGACGCUCGGGAGGUGACACUAUCCGUACGCAGAGCAUUCCGAGACAGGCUCGAAAAGUGGCCGCACUACGACGAGAACAUCACCGUGGUGAGCAACUGGACUUCACUGGACGUGCCGUUCCGCAGCUUCACCCACGAAGAAAUCCCGACGUUCGCGCGGGGUUCCCUAGUGGACAUGGACGUCGGCUCUCUCGUUCACAACUGGGUUCUUCUUUCCAAGGCACUGACAGGCACGCCCAUGGAGAACGUCGUCUCUGAGCUCUACGCCGUCUACAAAUUCCGCUACCACGUGCUACCUCAGGGAGAAGGCGACUUCCAACUGAUGCCGUACGCCCUCCAUUUCCCGAUGUACGAAGGAAGCCUGCCGGCAGCUGUCAAUUACGGAGGGCUCGGAGCCGUCGUCGGUCGUGCUCUGGGGGGACUCUUCGUCGACGCCUACCGCCGGUACGGAGAGCCGGCGUCGGCCGCUGUGCUCGCCGAUGCGAAGUCCUGCUUGCUAGACGGACAGUUUGGGGCAGUGGACAGCAUCGAGGAUCUCCUGGCCGAGGCAUAUGGCGUCGGCGCCCUCGUGGCCGCCUACAAACUCGCCGCACCCGCCGACAACUCCGUGGAAGGCAUGCAGGCGUACAGCAGCAUGCAGAUGUUGUUCAUCGCCAUGUGCCACAACAAGUGCCAGGGCAGCAUGAAAGGCAACAAGGACCCCGAGUGCAAUGCGCUACUUCAGUACGUGCCCGAGUUUGCGGACGCGUUUCAAUGCGAGGCUGGUGCGCCGAUGAAUCCGUCGCGCCGUUGCCAGUUUAUAUGA